CCACAUCAGUUUCAGUAUUUUACAAAUCCGCCCCAAAUGUUUUGUAUAAUGCUGUUUAUACCCUUCCACUGUCGUUAAGCUCACUUCUCAGCUGAACUCUGAAGCAAGCUCAUCAGAAAAACAAAAACCCUAAAUCCCCAAAAUGCGAACCUUUAUCGUACACAGCUCCAAGCUCAUCAAAAGCAAGAUAAAAAAUAUCCCUAUGAUUCAGCAUCAGCAUCAGCAUCACCAUCACCAUCAUCCGAAUUUCAAUCCCACGCGAGCAAUGUCGCAAUCCACCUCGAUCCCGAAGAAAAUGCAGAGGGUUCGCGACCACGGCUACGACAACUACAUGGAAGUCGAGAAGAAAACUCGGAAGGUCCUCAAGGUCCAGAACAUCAUCCUCAACGAGCACAACCAAUCGCUCCCAAUCUCGCGCCUCGAAACCCUAGCGCACCGCAUAGGCUUCACGCGCAACACAGUCGGUGCUUUCAUCCUUAAGUUCCCUCACGUCUUCGAAAUCUUCGAGCACCCCGUGCAGCGCGUGCUCUUCUGCCGCCUCACGCGCCAGGCAAUCCUCCAAAUCAAGCAGGAGAAUGAAGCAUUGCUCGCUCAGGUUCCACGCGCCGUCACGUGCCUCCGCAAGCUUCUCAUGAUGUCGAACACGCAGCGGCUUCGCCUCGAGCACGUGAGGAUCGCACGCUCCGCUCUAGGGUUACCGGACGACUUCGAAUUCUCGGUGGUUUUAAGGUAUCCUCAAUUUUUUCGCUUAGUUGAUGCAAAUGAGAGAAGGAACAAGUACAUUGAGCUUGUAGAAAGAGAACCUAGUUUAGCAGUCUGUGCAAUUGAGAAUGUUAGAGAGAGAAUUUACAGGGAGAGAGGUGGUGAUGCUGAAGAUGUUAGGUUCUCAUUUCUAAUUGAUUUUCCACCAGGUUUUAAGAUUGGGAAGUAUUUUAAGAUUGCAAUGUGGAAGUGGCAGAGGUUACCUUAUUGGUCCCCUUAUGAGGAUGUUUCUGGCUUUGAUUUGAGGUCGAUUGAGGCGCAAAAGAGGAUGGAGAAGAGGGCUGUUGCCUCAAUCCACGAGUUGUUGUCAUUGACCGUGGAGAAGAAGAUUACCUUGGAGAGGAUCGCACACUUCCGGCAGGCGAUGAACCUGCCGAAUAAGUUGAAGGAUUUCCUUCUCCAGCACCAGGGGAUUUUCUACGUGUCGACAAGGGGGAACCAGGGGAAGCUCCACACGGUUUUCCUGCGAGAGGCUUAUAGGAAGGGUGAGUUGAUUGAGCCAAAUGAUCUGUAUUUGGCGCGGAGGAAGCUGGCUGAGUUGGUCUUGUUGAGCCCCCGGAAGGCGAGGAUUGACAGGGAAUUGGUUGGAUACAGGAGAAGCAGGUUGGAUGAUGAGAUGGGGCAGAUAACAAGGGUAGCUGUGGAGGAUGCCUAUGAGGACUUCAAGGGUGAAGAUGUAAUGGAUCAGGAUAAGGAUGAAGAGGGAAAUUUGACCUCGGACAUAGGUUCAGAUGUUGAUUCGGAUGUUGGAGAUGAAGACAAUAGUUUUGAUGAAGAUAGUGUAUCAAGGCAAGAAACAUCAUAACUUAGUGUAGGAGGGAAUCAUUUGAUCAAGGGUUUUUCCAAUUUUGCGAUUGAUGAGUGUCUCACUCUAUAUAGUUUCCAAUUUUGAAACAGUGGAUAAUUCUUAUUUAUACCCCAUCUCAACUAAAGUGAUAAUUUUAAUGUUGAUUGGCCAAGUGUUUUAAGUCUCUCAUUGAACUAUUGAAGGAUGAGGAACACUACUAAGGGAUUUUAGCUUUAUUGGAAUAUCGUAUUGAGGAUGAUAUCUGAUCCAAACUCAGCUCUUGGAGAUUAUUAUAUGGAAGAAGAUAUCCUUUUACUCAUGGACUCAUUUGUCACCUACCAUGUUUUUUAUCUGUACAUACUACAUACUGAAACCAUUUUACGGAAGAAAAAGUUGGGGAAAGAAGGGAUUAACUGGUUCAAGCUUAAAGUCACAAAUUGGUGAAGCUUGUGCCCCACUCGAAUGAGAUUCUCAAAUCACAGUACUCAAUUUUGAUGCUAAUAUACUACUUGAGGACAGAAAAUGCCCUUGAGAAGAUGUGAUUGUAUACUGGAUAAGCAUCAUGUACUUGUACUUGAUGAAUGACAAUGUAUUGAGUGAAAUCCUGAACUAAAUGCUAAAUGCUAGCUUUGUAACC